GGAACGUACAAGGUAGCGUCUUCGUAGUACCCACACGGUUUGGUGACAGAUAACCGCGGCGCGAAACUGGACCUGUUUGGUUCGGGCUCGGCCGGACACAAGUUACUAGCAGGCAUAGGCUACCAACAGGUAGCUCCCGAAUCGUGAGCCUAUAAAUGUAGCAAAACCCAAAGCCGUUGCUGGGGCAAGAGCUGCACCGUCUGCUUCAUCAAAGAGUUGUGCACGACUUCUUGUACUAUGACUCCAGGAUACAGGCUGGGCGUUGACGUUGGCGGCACCUUCACGGAUAUCUGCGUCAUCACCCCCGAUGGCGAAGCGAUUCGCGCCAAAGUCCCCACGAAUACGAGCGAUCAGUCCAUUGGCGUGCAGGAAGGCGUAGAGCAAGUGCGCCGCAUCCUGCAGGACAAGUACGGCUGGAACGACAAGUUCGAGUACAUCCACCAUGGAACGACGACGGGCACGAACGCUGUGCUCGAGGGUAAGGGCGCGAAGGCUGGCCUCGUCGUUACCAAGGGACACAAAGAUAUUUUGACGGUGCGGAGGAGUCAGAUACCGGGUGGCUUAGGGGCAUGGAUCAACUAUGUCCAACCUGAGCCGUUGGUACCUCUCGAGCGGACUGUCGAAGCCAAAGAGCGCAUACAGAUCAACGGCGAUGUCUUUCACGAGCUCGACGAGGCAGACUUCAGGGAGAGCCUACAGGAUCUGAAGCGUCAGCAACCGCAGGCAAUUGCUGUGUCGCUCUUGAACUCGUUCAGCAACAAUUCUCACGAGGAGAAGAUCCGCGCCAUAUUGCUCGACGAAUUCGGCCCAGACGUUGAAGUCGUCACGUCCACUGAUGUCCUGCCCGAGAUUCAGGAGUACGAGCGGACGGUGACCACCGCAGCAAAUGCGAUUGUGAAGCCAGUGGUGAAGAGGUAUAUGAAUAACCUCCAAAAGAAGCUUGCGAAAGACACAGAUAUCCUUCGCAUACUCAAGUCAGAUGGCGACCUGACAACUGUGGACCUCGCAGGCGAGACGCCGGUACACAUCCUCAUGAGCGGUCCAGCGGGCGGCGUAAAAGCAGUUUCCCACCUGAUCGCAAAGGCCACGGCCUACAAAAAUCUCAUCACAUUUGACAUGGGCGGCACAAGUACAGAUUGCGCGCUCUUAUCUGGGGGCGAAGCCAUCAUUCGACGUGAAACUGAAGUCGGUCCUCUGACAGUACGAGCGCCGUCCGUCGACGUGAAGACUGUAGGCGCUGGAGGAGGAUCAAUAGCCAUCUACAACGAGUUCUCGAAGAAUUUCCGCGUAGGUCCCGAGUCCAGUGGCGCCACUCCCGGCCCUGCAGCGUACGGCAAAGGAGGAACCCAAGCAACAGUGACCGACGCAAACCUCACGUUGGGCUACCUGCCUUCGAAGCUGCUCGGUGGGACGUUCCAGCUCGAUGUCGCUGCAUCUGCUGCAGCUGUCGAGUCAAUCGCAAAGCAGAUGGACAUGGCCACUACUGCCGCUGCUGAAGGCAUCGUCGAUCUCGUCAACGAGUCUAUGCAUGGUGCUUUGCGGCUUGUCUCGGUCGAGCAGGGGUAUGACCCUCGUGACUUCGCCCUCGUUGCGCUCGGUGGAGCUGGGCCGAUGCACGCCAACUCGCUAGGCAAAUUGCUCGGUUCCUGGCCUGUGAUUGUGCCACCUAGUCCUGGCGUACUGUGCGCUCAGGGUGACGCCAUCACGAAGAUGUCCCACGAGUUGAGCUGCACGUUCAUCAAGGUCUUCUCCGAGAUCGAACCGCAAGGUUUGACACAAACACUGGACGACCUAAAGAUUAGAUGCAUCCAAACUAUGAAAAAGUCGCUGGGAGAUGAACACGCAAUUCUGAAGGUCGUGUACCAAUCCGACAUGCGUUACAAAGGCCAGGCCAUGACAAUUACUGUAGCUUUCAGUGAGGAUGACGCUAGGGAUACAGCUCACCUAUUCGAGCACCUCCGCGUCAAGUUCAACGAAGCGCACGAGCAGCAAUUCUCCUUCUCGCAUGCUAGCGGCGAGCUCGAGAUCAUGCGACUCCGUGUGAGAGUGACUGACGCGUCUGAGGAGGUCGCAAUCAAGCCAGUCGAGAAAGCCAGCACAUCGAUACCGCCUGAAGAUGCUAUCGUCACCAGGCAGAACAUCAUUUAUGAGGGCAACCAAGUGGAAGCCGCUUUCUGGGACCGAUCAAAGAUUACAAAAGCUGGCAUUAAGAUCCCUGGACCAGCCGUUGUGACAGAGAUGGACUCGAAUACACUUAUUCUUCCUGGGUACUUUGGUGAGAUUGACUCCAUGGGCAACAUCCUCAUUUGGCCCGAGUCGAAAACUACGCGCGCUAAGGAGACACACAAUAAAGAGUCUGCUGAAAAGCUUGUGCAUGAGCAGCCACUCAUACCUGCGCUCGUGGGCUCAGCACUUGGCUCGAUACGACGAGAGAUGGACACACUCAUGUUGCGGUGCGCAAUGAGCCCGGCUAUUCGAGAGCAGCAGGACGAGUUCAAUGUCAUCACCAAUACCCGUGGGCAGAUGCUUGUUGGGCAAUUCGGCAGCUUCAUUCAGCAGUUUCUGAACGGCUGGAAAGGCACUAUCGAAGAAGGGGACGUCUUUGUGACAAACGACGUGUAUCAGAUCGAUGGAGCCGUGUCACAUCUCAACGAUGUCAUUAUUUUGCUACCCAUUCACUACGAACACAAACUCAUCGGUUGGGCUGCCAACUUUGGUCACCUCACUGAUGUGCAAGGCAAGGUGCCUGGAUCAAUGAGCAUUAAUGCAAGUACCAUCUUCGAGGAUGGAUUGCAGAUACCUAUCGUGAAGCUAUACGACAAGGGCGUGUACAACGAGGCCUUGGCAACAGUAUUGUUCCGCAACUCACGCAUGCCACAUUGGUUCCAAAGCGACUUGAUCGCGCUGGUCACCGCCUGCAGAACUGCAGCUACUCGCGUUAACGAGCUCUGCUCGCGGUACGGUAUCGAAGUCUACGAAGCGGCGAUCGACUAUCUUCUCGAGCAAAACAAGCGCGCUAUCAAAACUAUCAUCGACACCAAGAUCGGCUCUGAAAGAUCCUCUUUUACCGAUUUCAUUGACGACGAUGGUCAAGGCAUAGGUCCAUACGCGAUUUCUUGCUCGAUGCAGAAGGAAGGCGACAAACUUGUCUUUGAUUGGGACGGCACAUCACCCCAGUCUAACACAAGUAUGAACUUCUUCCUCAGCAAGACCAUGUUCAAGGUCUUCAUCGCCUACUACCUUCUCGCCAUCUACGACCCGCAUGUCGUCGUCAACGAUGGCUUUCUGGAUCUGCUCGAUAUCCGUAUUCCUGACGGCACAAUCCUGCGACCUGUUCGUCCUGCCGCGGUAUCCUGUCGAACACAUCUGCUCGGCAGAGUAAUGGACGUCAUGCAAGCCCUCUUCGGCCAGCGCAAUCCAGCGUACAGAUGCGCAGCAGGCUUCUCAGACUCGCCUUACUUGUUCUACAGCGGCUUUAAGCCUGAUGGCGAUUUCUAUCUGCUGUUCCAGAUCGGCUUCGGCGGUGUGCCCGCGCGACCCAUUGGCGAUGGACCGGACUGCCACUGCCUGUUCCCUGCCAUCAAGAGCAUUCCCGCAGAGAACAUCGAGUUGUACUUCCCCGUCAUAAUCGAGGCCAACGAAGCGCUCGCGGACUCGGGAGGCGCGGGCUUCUUCAGGGGUGGUAAUGCGCAGAGGACACUGUAUAGGUGGUUGUGUGAAGGCGAUGUGAGCAUCCACGAUGACCGGUGGAUGGUUAAGCCGUGGGGUGUCAAUGGCGGCAAACCCGGCAGCCGAAGUCGCAAGAUCAUAUACCGCAAUAACAGUUACGGUACGGAUAAGGAGACGGAGAACGCCGAGCUGGUGCAGAGCAAGAUGGAUCAUAUUCACGUGCACCCUGGCGACGUGCUCGAAUGGAUUACCUGGGGCGGCGGCGGCCUCGGCGAUCCGCUCACAAGGCCCGCGGACAUCGUGGCGAAGGAAGUCCACCGCCGCCUCGUUACUUUCGAGGGUGCAAAACGUAACUACGGCGUCAUCGUAGCCCCGGAUUUUAACGUCGACGAAGCCGCAACCGCAACUCUAAGGCGGGAAAUGGCUCAACGAAUGACCGAGAAUGCUGAGAUGUUGACGAAUGGAGCACCGAAAGGCGAAGAUCGAGGUGCUGCGGAGGGUGGCGAUGCUGUGGGGUACAAUAGGGGCGGUACGAUGAGCGAGUUGAUCCAGCGCUGCAGGGAAGAAACGGGACUUGAGCCGCCCAGGCCCCAGUGGGAGAGGGAUCCGUACGGACCGCAUACUGGGCUGCCGUAUGUGAAGGAGUGGUACAGGAGAAUGAGGGAGGAAGGGAUGAGGGGCUGGGAUCACGUUUGAAGGUGCUACGGGUCUGGUCGCGUUUACAAGGGAUUCUGAGAAGAAUAGGUUGUUGGAUGUGCAAUGAAGUAUUGCCGUUCGCUCGUCUAUGUACCACGCGCUGCAGGUCAGGGCGGAUAACGCGCCUCGCUGUUGUUUUCGUACGGAUUCACCACGUGGAGCGGAUUUAAUAACUACGAAAAGAGCCAUUACGCGAGUGCGCUCGAUGAGGA